CCUUAUUGAGUCUUGAUGAAAACAGUCGAAAGCAUUAACAGCCUGAAAACUGGUUUUCUGAAAUGGAAGCCGGAUUAUGACAGUGCUGCUUCUGAAUAUGGAAAAGCAGCUGUUGCUUUUAAAAAUGCCAAACAGUUUGAGCAAGCAAAAGAUGCCUGCCUGAGAGAAGCUGCUGCCCACGAGAAUAACAGGGCUCUUUUUCAUGCUGCCAAAGCCUACGAGCAGGCCGGCAUGAUGCUGAAGGAGAUGCAGAAACUCCCAGAGGCUGUGCAGCUGAUCGAGAAGGCCAGCACGAUGUACCUGGAGAACGGCACUCCGGACACGGCGGCCAUGGCCCUGGAGCGCGCCGGGAAGCUUAUAGAAAACGUAGAUCCGGAAAAGGCUGUCCAGUUGUAUCAACAGACAGCAAACGUGUUUGAAAACGAGGAGCGCUUGAGGCAGGCGGUUGAGUUACUAGGAAAGGCGUCCAGGCUGCUGGUCCGGGGACGCAGGUUUGAUGAGGCGGCGCUCUCUAUUCAGAAAGAGAAGAAUAUUUAUAAGGAAAUUGAGAAUUACCCAACUUGUUACAAGAAAACCAUCGCCCAGGUCCUGGUCCACCUGCACAGGAAUGACUACGUGGCUGCAGAGCGGUGUGUCCGGGAGAGCUACAGCAUCCCCGGCUUCAACGGGAGCGAGGACUGUGCUGCCCUGGAGCGGCUCCUGGAGGGUUAUGACCAGCAGGACCAAGACCAGGUGUGCGAGGUCUGCAGCUCGCCCCUCUUCAAGUACAUGGACAAUGACUAUGCGAAGCUGGGCCUGAGCCUGGUGGUCCCGGGCGGCGGCGUCAAGAAGAAGGCGGCUGCCUCCCCCCAGCCUGCGCCCACCGGCGUCCCCGCGGCCGAGGAAGAGGAGGACGAGUACGCAGGGGGGCUGUGCUAGGGGGCGCUCCGGCCCGGCCCCGCUGCUCAGACACGCGGCUGUGUCCCUGGGCCGCUCGCCGCGCCCCCUGCCUGUGAGCAUGGUUCUUCUUUCCCUGACAAGAGCUCUUGCAAGACACCAGCAGGGCUUAAUGGAAGACGCUCUGUCGCACUUUAAUACCGUCAAUUUUAAAAUCGGGAAACCUAACUCUAGACACGUUUGUUCUAUACAAAAGGGAUGGUAGGCACAGUUACCUCGUCUCUGGGGCUCCAGUAAUUGACUGUUAGGGAAGUUUCCUUGCAUUGAAUUUAAUAACUGCUGCUAAACGUGAAGUUUACCAGUAUUUAAGUUAUUAAAUCUUCCGAGGUGAGAUGGGGGCAGGAAUCUGUUCUGAGCCUUACAAUGUUGUUUAGCCCAGUACCAGACGCAUUUAAAGUCUCCUCUUGUGCAUCUGACAGCUUAGAAAGUAAGACAGACGCUACCUUCUGUAAAUGUCUUCAGUUCUCUGAAAUACGGGUAGUUUUUCACCUGAAAGAUGCACAGUGACUCCCUAAACCCACUAGGUUCUUGACUCAGUGAGAACCAGCCAGCACCUUCCUCAUGCAUUCAAACCGCGCAGCGCACGUGUCCCGCUGAUGGGGUGUAUGUGCUGGGUGACGCUGGCUAGUCUUUCAUUUCCCAGGCAUUCCUUUCUGCCCUGUGUGCUUAGACCGCUCUCCCAGGCUCCUGAACAGUGGCAGUGUGCCUCCUGCAGGCAGAUGCCGCCCGAGCGGCUUUCUGCUACCUUGGUGAGCUGGUAGUCACUGGACUUCAGGUAGAGCAUCACACGUGGUUUCAGCUACUCGGGGCCCCAUGGGAGUCAGGUAACAUCCUUGUGAGGCGGCUGGAUAGUGGGGUGGAAAGCCAUCGAAGGUCUGAUCCAAACCCUGAGCAGCGUGCUGUCUCCAGUUCCCCAGAAGGUCUGCGGUUCCCCAGUAGGUCUACGGACAGCAGUGCCCUCAUACGCUGGGGUAACCUGCAUGGGUUCAGGGAAGCUGUAUUUAGGCAUUGGCGUUUAAUGACACGUUCAUAUCUUGGCGAUCUUGUCACUGCUCUGCCCUCCAGAUCCAGCAGAAACUUCGGGAGUCUCUUUCUGAUGUGCAUUUGAGCUAAUUAACAAUCCAUUUAAACAGAUUUAGCAACACUUAGAAGACAUUUUAGACCCUUUGUUUAUAGACAAUAUCCAUUACAGCCUUGAUUCUUUUUUCUUACGUAGUAAACAAAAGUGAAUGCGUGAGUUGGUUCCCCUGCAGGGGCGGCGCAACUGAGCUGUCUACACACAAGGCUUGGACAGAGCACUCUCCUGGCCCACAGCUCCUGUAGGGGUGGGACAUGGGUACCCACCAACGCCAGGGCUGUUGUAUAGUGGCCAGUAACGAGUGUUUGUUCCAUAGCUGAUGCGUUCCAUUUCCACUCACGUCAGUCUAUCCUGAGAGCGCAGCGCACGCACGUUCUCCAGAGCUCGCGUCGUCGCUUAGCACAGCGGACUCCUGCACGAAUGUGCUCAGAAGCUAGUAGUCAGUGUUCUGUUGUAAGUGCAGUCAGUCUGCAAAAUAUAUUUAAUAUAUUGAAUCUGUAUAUAUGCAGAGUGUGGUAAUCUGUGUAUGGAAAUCUGUGCUUUGCUCCUGUUUCCUUUUCAGCUCUUUGAGUAGACUCUUAAACGUGUUACAGAAGUUAUUGCUUCUAUAGGAAGAUAAUUAUG